GCGGCGGCGGCGGGUGAUGGGCCCAGGGCCGGGCGGGGCGAAGUGAGGUUGUCGUCAGCUGCAGAGUGCCUGGGCCCAGGCAGGGCAGGGCAAGCCAAGCCAGGCCAGGCCCAGGACCCCCAGGGAGAUUAUGCUGUCUAUUGGGGCCGUGGGGUGGAGCCAGAGUCGGGCAGCGACGGUGUGAGCCGAGGCCGAGCUCGGUGUGUCGGCCGGGCCGAGCGGGGCGGGGAGGGGAGGGGGGGCAAAGGAGAGUGCGGCCGAAAAUGGCGAGGAGCUGCAGCAACUUGACGACGGCGGCGGCGGCUGCAGAGAUCAUCCAGCUCAAUGUAGGCGGCACCAGAUUCAGCACCUCAAGACAAACACUAAUGUGGAUUCCAGACUCCUUUUUCUCUAGCUUGCUGAGUGGGAGAAUCUCAACACUACGGGAUGAAACUGGAGCGAUAUUUAUUGACAGAGAUCCUACAGCGUUUGCACCAAUUCUAAAUUUUCUUCGGACAAAAGAGUUAGAUUUAAGGGGAGUAAACAUCAAUGUUCUGAGGCAUGAAGCUGAAUUUUACGGGAUUACUCCGUUAGUUCGGCGUCUGUUGCUGUGUGAAGAACUUGAGCGGUCAUCAUGUGGCAGUGUUCUCUUCCAUGGCUAUCUGCCACCUCCAGCUAUUCCCAGUAGAAAAGGAAGUAUUGGAGGGCCCGGACCCUCACAGGAAAUUAAAGCUGGACAGAGCACAACAGAGGGUGUGGUUCGUUCAAACAUAGCUCCUUCCGUGUCAGCUGGAGUUAUCUCGACUGAAGGGUCUGCCAGAUUGGGCACAGUAGUGGAUCCCCGGAAAGUUCUGAUAGUAGCUGGUCAUCACAACUGGAUUGUUGUAGCUUAUGCACACUUCGUGGUUUGUUACAGAAUUAAAGAGUCUUCUGGAUGGCAGCAGGUUUUCACGAGUCCAUACUUGGACUGGACGAUAGAACGAGUAGCAGUUAAUGCCAAAGUUGUUGGAGGACCUUUUGGUGAUAAAGACAAGAUGGUAGCUGUGGCAUCUGAGAGUAGCAUAAUCCUGUGGAGCAUUCAGGAUGGAGGCAGUGGCAAUGAAAUAGCAAGGAUUGUAUUUGAAUUCUGCUUCAUCUUGUGCCAGAGAAAUUACUGGCAUGGUGUGUUUAGUCUUGGCGUCCCAGUGGAUGCACUCUUCUUUAUUGGAAAUCAGCUGGUUGCAACCAGUCACACCGGGAAAGUAGGAGUGUGGAAUGCAGUCACCCAACACUGGCAGGUACAGGAGGUCGUUCCUAUCACAAGCUGUGACACAGCGGGGACAUUCCUUCUGCUGGGCUGUAACAAUGGAUCAGUAUAUUACAUAGAUAUGCAGAAAUUCCCAUUAAGGAUGAAGGAUAAUGAUCUUCUGGUGACUGAACUUUAUCAUGAUCCAUCAAACGAUGCCAUCACUGCAUUAAGUGUGUACCUCACUCCAAAAACAAGUGUGAGUGGCAAUUGGAUUGAGAUUGCAUAUGGAACCAGUUCUGGUGCAGUGCGUGUAAUAGUCCAACAUCCUGAAACUGUAGGGUCAGGUCCCCAGCUCUUUCAGACCUUCACAGUUCACCGCAGCCCAGUAACUAAAAUCAUGUUGUCUGAAAAAUAUCUGGUGUCUGUGUGUGCCGAUAAUAAUCAUGUGAGAACUUGGACAGUCACUCGUUUCAGAGGGAUGAUCUCCACACAGCCAGGCUCCACCCCACUGGCCUCUUUCAAAAUACUUUCAUUAGAGGAGACAGAGAGCCAUGGAAGUUAUGCAGCUGGAAAUGACAUAGGACCAUUUGGGGAGAGGGAUGACCAACAGGUUUUCAUCCAGAAAGUUGUUCCAGUCACUAACAAGCUGUUUGUUCGAUUGUCCUCUACAGGGAAAAGGAUUUGUGAGAUCCAGGCAGUAGAUGGCAUGACAAUAACCGCAUUUACUGUGAGGGAAUGUGAAGGUUCUAGUCGGAUGGGUUCUCGACCAAGGAGGUACCUCUUCACAGGUCAUGGAAAUGGAAGCAUUCAGAUGUGGGACCUGACGACUGCCAUGGACAUGGUAAACAAAGGGGAAGAGAGAGAUGUUGGAGGCCCCACUGAAGAAGAGCUGCUGAAGUUGCUGGAUCAGUGUGAUCUGAGCACAUCCCGCUGUGCUACUCCUAACAUCAGUCCAGCUGCCUCUCUAGUACAACAUACCAAACUGCGGGAGUCAAGCUCAAGUCUUCAGCUUCAGGCCACAGAUGCUCUUCAUGAGACUGCAACAUAUGGUUCUGUGAGACCAUAUAGGGAGAGUCCACUGCUAGCAAGAGCAAGGCGGACAGAAAGCUUUCACAGUUACCGAGACUUUCAGCCAUUUACAUUCAGUAAAAAUAUAUUGGAUAAAGGGAACACUGCUUCUGAGACUGAUUCUUCAGCACAGUCAGAAGGUGAGCUAAAAGGAAAGAAACUUGGAGUCAUUGAAUGUAGCAUUAGUGACAGAAGGACCCAGGUGACUGACACUCGAGCAAGCAGGAGUCUGGAUGGGGCACCAGAGGCUCUGAGAGCAAGUGAAAGCAUGGCUGAAUUCAAGAAAAAGGUGCAGGAUGAAGAAACUGAUAAAGUUGAGAACAAGAAGAAAAACAGUUUUGAAGGAGGGUUUUUGAGCAGGAAAAAAAUUGUUGCAGCCCAGCAGUUAGCAUCAUGUCCUCUUGGUCCUGAAACAGGCAGUGAACCACAUGGUGCAGCCUCACAGUCACCAACAAAGGGAGCCACUUCUCCUCGUCACAGGAAGAUUGAGGCUUCGUGUCAGGAUCACAGUUUGUGAGAUAUAAUCACUACAAUAGAAACUUGGAUUUUAGUUGACAAGGACUUAUUAAAAUGCUACAGUAUUCUCAUGCACAUAAGUUGUACACUAAACACAAUUCCAAGUUCAAAGAAUUACUACAAUUUGUUUGUCAGUAUUACUUGUUUUUAAUGUUUUUUUAUUGCAUUAGUUAUAUUAGUGUACACUAAGCACCAGCAUAAGCAUCGUUACAAAAGCUGACACGAGGUGUCCACUCCCAGGUGACUCAGCCUGUUGAAGUUUGUUUUUAUUUGUUAAUUCCUCAAUUGUCUGACUUCCAUCGUAAUACACACUAAUUUUGACAUCAUGUUGGUUCAGCAAAUGUCCAUUCUUACAGGUAUAUUGAAGUGGUACAAAUCCCAUUCUAUUUGUCUUUCUGCAUUCUUUGAUCUGGAUGGCUUCAAAAUGCAUUUAUUUUAAAGGUCAUGUGCAAAAGUUUAAAAAUCUGAAGAGAGGGUGCUAUUGAAGCAAAUAAUAGUAAAUAUUAUGGACAGUAUACUUGCUCUAGAAGAUUCCCAAGUUGAAAAUGCUCCAGACAUGAAUGAGUUAUCUUGCAUAAAAAUAAGAUUACUCAAGUGAAGUAUUUAACACAACAGCAAUAGCAUUGUUUUUAUUAAAUGGACAAUAUUUAAUCAUACUUAGAACAUGCGUGGUACAGGCUGUAAAUUAAUUCAUCAUAAUGCUUAUUUUUAUUUUCACUCCAGUGCACAUAUAUGCUGACUGAAUUAGCAAUUCCACCAAUAGAAUUAAUGUAAAGGCAAUUUGGAUGAUUUUUGGUGGCAGACAAUUCUCUUAAAUAUAACAUUGUAAUGUGUACUGGAAUAAAGCCAGUUUCAGGUCUUAACCAAACAUUUUUUGUUUGAUAACACCAGCAGCAGUAACUAUUCUAAUUUAUUGGGAAAAAAACAGGUCAUUAGUAGAGGCCAUAAUUUUAGUUUGACGCUCUCAGUCAACGUGGUUAGUAUGAGGGUGUUUUUGGUACAUAUCCAAAUGGAGGCCUUUCAUUUCCAUCAUUCAAAUGAAAGCUGAUUUUUCUGCUUCGAAAGAUAAAUUCUAUGCAAUCUGUACAGAGCAUGGAAGGAAAAAGCCCAGCAAAAAGUAAUCUGCACAAGACUGGUGAUAGAGAAACCACAUUUUUGGAUGUAAUACUAUUAGAACAUGCAUGCACAGUCAUUCUGAUGCUUAAAAGUCAAACUUAGACACUUCUUAGCCCUGCUUACAAAAGGCUUUGUGGUGGUGUCUGGUAUUAGUUGAGAUGAAUCAGUUACUGAGUUGAUAAGACCAGAGAACCUAACACACUUUGAAAGCUGGACCAAAUUUGAACCAAUUAUCAAAUGAUGUUUGAGCAACCAACAUAUGAAUGUGUUUAUGUAUGAAACAGAUUUCAGGAAAAUUCCAGACCCGUGAUAGUUUCUUGAUUUCAAAAUGCAAUACUAGCUGACUAACAAUCAGUUUCUGAUGCCAGUGUAUCCUGUUUACUGACUGUUAACAAAAAAUCCAAAAUUACUGGCUUCAUGUAAAUAACAUUAUUUUUGUUUGCUUGAAGAUGGGUUGAGAUCUGGUAAACGGACAAUAACAGUCCAUGUAAAAACUGAAAAUCUCGUACAUCACCUGAGCUGAACCUGGAGGCUUGAGUGUUUUAGUACAGUACUGCAUAGUACUCUUGAUAGCAGAGUUCUAAUUCUCUACUAUUCCAGUAAACAGCCAAAGUCCCAGUAUGGAAGCUGAUAAUUUUUAUCUUAUCAAAGCUUGCAUUGACAAUGAUUUUGACCCACUUCAAACCUCUUUGGACAAGUUCUGCCUCUUUGAAUGCCCUUAUUUUCAAGUUAUAUCAACAUCCUGCUUAUUUUGUAAGAUCACAACCAAAGUGGGAAUUGCAUUUCUCAAGUGGGUAUGGUAUCUACAUUAGAAAAUACCAGAAGAAAUGAUUUCUGGUAACCAAAAGUUUCUAAGUGUGUGAUUUAGUUCUUCAGAUUUGGACUAAGAACUUCCAAGGGCUUGUUUGAAACUUUCAGGUGUCUGCACUGCUAUGGAUUGUUCUACCACACCAAUGACUGACUAAAUCAGCGCUUUUCAAAAAGCAGUUUGCACAGCUCUGCAGCAAAGAACUUAAUUCAUGUAAAAUUGCCUAACUACAGAAUUUUGUAACUGUUGCACACCAUAUACUGUUUCAUAGUAAUGGAUUUAAAUGAUAAAUUAAAAAAAGAGCUCGCUAAACAA